CUUCUUCUUCUUCUUCUUCGUCUUCUUCUUCUUCUCCAAGUCUCUGAGAUGGGUUGUUGUUCAUUGGAUUGCUUUGUCUACUUUGUCCUCUCUAUUGCUUUAGCUUUCAUGGCCGUCUCCACCACUCUACCUCCACCUCCAGAUUCCAACAUCACAAAAACUAACAGACCCAUUACUCAUCAUGAUCCUCUCUCUUUAAACGCUUCAAAAGCUCUACGCCAAUCCAAUUUCAAAGCAAUCGCCACUCUCCUCCACGUAUCUUCUGAGAUCUUCCUUUCUUCUUCUCCCAGCACAACCCUCUUCGCUAUUGACGACUCUUCCUUGUUCAACACGUCAUCUCUUCCUCCUCUGUUUCUGAAGCAGCUUCUUCAGUAUCACACACUCCCUCUAAGGCUUCCGAUGGAGGAACUCCUCAAGAAGCCACAAGGAACCUGUCUCCCUACCCUUCUCCGUCACCAGAGCGUCCAAAUCUCCAGCGUUGACAAAGAAUCAAGAAGAGCAGAAGUGAAUCAUGUCAUGAUCUCACACCCGGACAUGUUUCUUGGAGAUUCAUUGGUAAUUCACGGAGUUCUUGGACCCUUCUCACCUCUGCUACCUCACAUGGAUCAUAUUCCACGGUCAUCUUUGUGUCAAUCUGACUCAAACAAAACCAUUAUCGAAGAAGAAGAAGCUGUGCCGGUUAAGAUAGACUGGACUCGGAUCAUUCAGCUGCUAAGUUCAAACGGGUUUGUGCCAUUUGCAAUCGGAUUGCACUCUGUUCUCAACAGGAUCAUUGCAGAUCAACACAAGAACUUGACCGGAGUAACAAUUCUAGCCACACCAAAUCUGGUCUCACUGUCAUCUGCUUCUCCGCUUCUCUACGAAGUCAUGAGACGUCACAUUCUUGCUCAACGACUUACCAAGAAAAAUCUCGCUUCAAUGCCUGAUAAAGCCUUACUCAAGACACUAGAUCCUUACCAAGAUCUCAUAAUCACUAGGAGAGGUAUAGUUAAUUCGUCACAGUGUUUCAUGAUCUCUGGAGUUGAGAUUGUAGCUCCAGAUAUGUUCUCUUCUAACAACUUUGUAAUCCAUGGGAUAUCACACACACUAGAGCUCCCACGGGCUUAA